AUGAACCAACCCAGAAAGACAGCUCCUGAUUCAUUACCGCGAGUCGCAGAAGAACCCAGUGCGACAGGAGAAUUCUCUCGUGACGACGUUAAAAACCACGGAAUCACCGCCCUACUCGACUAUAAAAGGCAACUCGCCUCAGGGAGAUACCAGGUGGGCAUAGCAUCUCACACAACAACGAUGAGCAACGAAAAGGAGCUCGAGAUUGAGGCUAACUCUCUUCGCAGAGUAGCAUUCUUUGGCGUUGCCAUCUCCACGAUGGCUACCCUCGUUUGCGUCAUCUCAGUCCCUAUGCUCUACAACUACAUGCAACACAUGCAGUCGGUAAUGCAGAGUGAGGUUGACUUCUGUAAAUCUCGUUCCGGAAACAUCUGGCGGGAAGUGACCCGGACACAGGUGCUCGCCAAGGUCUCUGGAGGAGCGCUCAGGAGUCGCCGUCAAGCUGGAUACAGCUCUGCCGGAGUUGAGGGUAGCUUUGAGUCCGCCCCUGCUGGAGUUUGCUGUGGCUGCGGAGUUUCUCCUGCUGGACCACCUGGACCCCCAGGACCAAACGGAGAAGAUGGAGCCGAUGGACAGCCAGGAGCACCCGGCAAAGACGGACCCGACGGACCACCAGCCACCCCCGCCCCACCCCACGACUUCUGCUUCGACUGCCCCGAUGGCCCACCAGGACCACCUGGAAACCCAGGACCCAAGGGACCCCCUGGAAACCCAGGAGCCGAUGGACAGCCAGGAGCCCCUGGACAAGCUGGAACCCCAGGACCACAAGGACCACCCGGACCUCCCGGACCCGAUGGACAGCCAGGAAACCCAGGAACUCCCGGAGCUCCAGGACAACUCCACGAGGUUCCCGGACCAAAUGGACCACCCGGACCUCCUGGACCACAAGGACCCCCUGGACCCGAUGGACAACCCGGACCCGAUGGACAACCAGGACAGCCCGGACCUCAAGGACCUCCCGGAGACAAUGGAGCCCCUGGUGCACCCGGACAACCUGGAGCAAAUGGAGAAAAUGGACCCGAUGGAGAAACAGGACCAGCUGGCGGAUGCGACCACUGCCCCCCACCUCGUACAGCUCCCGGAUAUUAGGCGAGCAUCGCGAUUCACUCAGUGUAUUGUGCCACAGAACCUCUUCAUUUUCGUUUUGUUCGCUGAGCGACUUAUGUCUUUCCGAACAAAAAAU